CCUGGCGUCUUCCCCUCGGCCCUGGCCUCCUGGCGCUUCGCCGCAUCAAAGGCUCUGCGGUGCGGCGGCAGGAUCCUGCACGCGGGCUCCUGUGCCCCGGCGGGGCGGCGCGUGCCUCCCACGGCGCCCGCGGGCGCUCUCUUUGGAGGCCGGCUGCGCGCCGGGGAGCUCCAGCGAUGCUCCCUCCUGGCGGUGGCUGCGGGCCAGCACGAGGUGUCCGGUGAGGAGCACCUUUACUCCGAUUUCCCUGAGAUUGACUUGUCCCAGUUGGAUGCCAGCGACUUUGACUCUGCCAGCUGCUUCAGCGAGCUGCAGUGGUGCGCGGAGCACUCCGAGACCGAGUCCAGCCAGUACAGCACAGAUGACUCCGAGCUCUUCCAGAUAAUAGACAGCGAGAAUGAAGCACUGCUGGCAGCCCUCACCGAGACACUGGAUGAUAUCCAGGGAGAUGCCAUGGGCCUGGCUGCCUUCCGCACUAUGGAAGAGGGGGACACGCUCAGCCCAGCCUACACCUCGCCCGCCCCCUCCCCCAAACCCGCCACCCCGCUCGCGGCAGGGCCACCCCAGGCCCCCGAGUUUGAUGAGCUGUCUCUACUGAAGAAGUUGCUUCUCUCUCCAUCGCAUGUGCCUCCGAGCUGUGAGGCUCAGAGAGAUGGGAGCGCCCGGCGCCUGGGGACCCCUAAGUCCAGACCCACACGGCCCUGCGCAAAGGCAGAGGGUCCCCGGGACAGGAAGGCAAACCUCCAGCAGGCGCAGAGCCGGAGCUGCACGGAGCUGCACAGGCACCUCACGUCCGCAGCAACCUGCGCGCAGGCCAAAGCCGCCCACGCCCCCGAGGAGUGUCAGAGCAGCCGCCACCACCCGCCCCUGGAUGACUGCGCCCACCACGAGGAUGACAGCGACUCCAGCGAGGACUCGCUGAGCUCUGGUGACACCGUGACCACCCCGCCCUCCUCCUCCGAGGACAGCACUGGCAGCCAGUUCUCCUGCGAGCGGGAGAUGCACUCGAUGGUGGAGCUCAUCCGCUACAUGCACACCUACUGCCUGCCGCCACGCAAACUGCCCGUGCGCGACCCUGCUGACACCAGGAGCCAGCCCUGUGGCAGCCCCUUCCAGAGGGCCAAGCCGGACGAAACACCCCGGUGUCUCACCCUGUCCUUGGCGCACACGGACCCAACCUUUGGGAAGAGAAACUUUGAGCCAGUGCUGACCGUGGAGCUAUGUGGGACAGCAGGUCUCACACCGCCCACCACGCCACCAUACAAACCAGCUGAGGAGGACCUGUACAAGCCAGAUAUCCCUCAGGAGGGAGGGAAGGAGAAUACCACCACCACCAGCCCUGGGAUCACAGCAGAUGUGGCAGCUCCCCGGAAACCCCCGAAGAAGCACCCCGAGAGGACAGAGCUCUUUGCCCACCUGAGCCGAGCUGCCGCGUGCCCGGCUCUCCCUGAGCAGCAGGGAGUGCUGAAACGGCCCUUCUCACGCUCCUUUGGAGACCAUGACUACUGCCAGGUCAUGAAGCCUGAGGCUGCUCUCCAGAGGAAGGUGCUCAAGUCCUGGGAGCCCCCGAGCCACGUGGAGACUGACCACAAGAGGAGGGUCCCAGACGCACAUUACCAGGGCCUGGACCUCAGCGGCAAGGAGACGAGCAGCGAGAUCUUGUGGAAAGGUGGCUUCAAGCAGCUGAGAGACCAGGAGAUCAGAGCCAGUUUAACCAAGCACUUCGGCUUUCUGGACAGCGCUCUUGAUGAUGAGGACAUGGCCUUCUGCAAGACCCCUGAGUAUGACACUGUCUUUGAUGACAGCUGCAGCGAGAGUGGCUCUCUAGUGGAAGAGGAGGAGGAGGAAGAGGAGGAAGAGGAAGAACACUGCGAUAGUCCACUGGACACAAAGCUUUGCCUGCGGAGAAACCCCCUGUCCAGGAGCAGUUUGCACUACUAUUCUCGGAGUAGAUCCAGCUCGGGGUCUUCGUGCUGCCGGUCCCGAUCUCCAGCAAGCAGGCGCACCUUCAGAUGUGAAAACAGUGAGCAGUGUCAAGGUGGCAAUGCAAACCGGGGCCAGAUGGAGAAGAGGAGAGAAAAGGCCAUUGGGGAAGGCAGGGUGGUCUAUAUCAGAAACCUCUCCAGCAACAUGAGCUCCAGUGAACUGAAGAAGCGCUUUGAAGUGUUUGGGGAAAUCGUGGAGUGCCAGGUCCUGUCCAGGACUAACAGGGGGGAUAAAUAUGGCUUCAUCACCUACCGGUAUUCAGAGCAUGCCGCCUUAUCUCUGAGGAAUGGCCCCUCGCUAAGGAAGAGGAAUGAGCCCUCAUUCCAGCUCAGCUCUGGUGGCCUCGGGCACUUCUGGACCAGAUACGCUGACUUGGAUUGCAGCGCAGAAGAGUCUGCCCCAGCUCCAGUGAAAAGCAAGUAUGAGACCAUGGAUUUUGACAGCUUGCUGCAGGAGGCCCAGCUAAGCCUGCAUCGAUAACAGCCUUAACCUUGGAGGAAUACCUCAAUACCUCAGUCAAGGCACUUCCAAAAUGUUUACGUUUUCAAAGAAAUUAUUCAGUCUAUGAAAAGCGAGAGAGAGAGCGCGAGAGAGAGCACGCACGCAAGAGAGAGACUGCUGUCCCUUUCAAUCGAUGUUUACAUUGAACAAAGCUGCUUGUGUCUGUGAGUCCCCAUGGUGUCGAUGUCUCACUGCCACACAUUAGUCUCCCUGCUUCUGACUGGUUGUUUUAGGGUGAGCCUAGGAGCCCUCCGUCCCCCUCCCCGGCCCCUGUCCCGUCUUCCCCCGUCCCGUGCUCCCGCCAUGGAGUUGCAGCUGUGUUCACCAUAACAUUUUUGUCCGUAGUGUGUGAUGAUGAAAUUGUUAAUUGUGAAUAGAAUCAGGAUUAUAAACUAAUUUUUAAUAGAAGAAGAAAAAAGUAUAUACUUAAAAAAAGAAAUGUAUUUAUGGCUCAGAUGUACUGUAAUUCAGAUUUAUUGUACCGCUUCCUUGAUUUUUAACUAUGCACUGUAAUGAGGCACUUGCCACUGAGCAAAUGGGGGGGUCAGAGCAGA